AUGGGCGGAGUUCUUUGGUUCCUACGUGGUACGGCCGCCGCCCUCUGCACGACCGUCAACGUGUUUGGCAUGUCGAUCGUCUGGAUCUAUCUGGCACUAACACGCAAGAAGACGGCCGCAGAGAGCCCCAACGCACUGCAAGUCUACCUGACCUACGUUGCAAGAACCUUCCUAUGGUGGUUGACCGUCUUUGAGGCGCAGCCAGCGCAUUGCACGCGAACCCCGAGUCGUCUCCGCGACUCGCUCCUUCUGCGCGAAUUUACCUGGAUUCAGCCAGCGCCUGUCACGACCAAGGAGAAAAGCGGAGAUGGUUUCGACACGACCAACUUGCCUCUCGAUCUGGAAGAGCAUGAGAAGGAGCGAAAGACGGCGGCUUACUGGUUCAAGACGCCAAAGUCGCUGGCGGAUGGUCCCAAGCCUCCGGUCAUCCUGCAUUUCCAUGGAGGAGCGUACAUUACACUCGAAGCUUCGGAUAUUUUUAUGGGCGUCACUAUGGCUCGCAUGAUGGCUAAGUACGGCGAGGCGGAUGUUUUGACGGUUAGUUACCGACUAGCGCCCGGUUCCAAGUACCCGACUCAGCUGUUCGAGGCUUACUCGUCUUGGUUGCAUCUUCGCUCCUUAGGCUACGACUCGAUCUGGCUCAGCGGCGAUUCCGCAGGUGCCAACCUGGUGCUGACCCUUUGGCGCUACCUCGUCGAGCAUCGCGGAGCAGAGGAAGCGCGGGCAGUGGCAGGUCUUGCCCUCCACUCGCCUUGGCUCGACAUGAAGGGCCACGAGACACAGGCUUUCCAGGAAAAGGAGAAGACGUGCGUGAUUGGCGCUCGCUACGUCCGCACCGGUCUGCGUAAGCUUCAGCGUGGUGGUCUUCCCGAUGCGAAUGAUCCCUGGCUCAGUCCCACGUACUGGUCUGACAAGUGUCUGUCGCACCUACCGCGAGUGUUUUGCUCAAACGGCGGCGCAGAAACGCUGUUGCACGAGGCAGAGCAGUGGCUAGCUAGGGCUCGGCAGCAAGGUGCCAGCGUCUAUCACUAUGUCGCGCCUGACCACCCGCACGACUUUUCGGCCAUGUUCUGGUUCUACCCGUCCAUUCGUCACCUCUUCCUGGCCCAGAAGGAAUGGAUGAGAGACGCGUCUAGUGCGCCAAGAAAAGUCUCAGAUGGUAACGGAGGAGCCAAGACCUAG